AUCGUUAAGGUUAAAACCUGUAAACAUCGUCAUUAGACUGAAACCAAGAGGGAACGAGAAACAACCAAAUAAUAUAAAAAACCAAAGUAAAACCAAAUUAUCAAAUAAAUCAUAAUAAAACCAUUGCAAGAGUUGUGUUGCAAGUUCAAAGUUUAAAGCAAAUCUUGUCUUCAAUUGAAAGGCGCAACUUGUCCAAUUGCGAAUACAAGAAACUUUUCUUUUACUCGAUCUUCAUUUCUUGGUGUAAACUUGAAAUUUACCAGUGAAGUUCAUAAGACAAUUUAAAAUCUUCUCGACAUUUGAUGAAAUUUUUUUAAAAAAUUCAUCCUUUUCUUCACUAUUCACUGUUUCCUUGUUCACUAUUGGAAUCAAAAUAUUGGAAUAAGCUGAAUUUUUCAUUUUACGUUCUUCAUUUGCAAUCAGUUUGUCCUUUUCACCUAUAAAAUCAACAUUAUUCAUUUAUAAUAUCCAUCAAUAUCAUCUUCUUCAUCAACACGAAGAAAAAAAAUUUUGCUUCGCUGGUUUGCUGAUUUUCCCCAUUUCAUUUCAUCUUAAGAUUGAACAAACUGUUGCGUCUGUUUUGACCAAGUUUUGGCUCAAGUUUAACUUGAAAAAAGUUACCAUUCUGCUCAGUUUACUCUUGCUUCCACAUUUUACCGUGAAAAAGGUAAACUUGUAAAGACAUUUGUAGAACGAAGAGAAAAAUGUUUUCCUUAAAAUUAUUUCCAUUGGCUCAGCACAAUGUUAUCCUUGUGGCGUGUCUCCUCUUUAUACUGGAUCAUUGUGUUUGCACCGAAAAAUCGCGUUUAACCAGUUUAUCGACCAAAUCAAUGACAAACAAAAUGGUUCCUUUAAUGAAGAGGUCAGCCUUUCCCGAGCGACGGUUAGAUUGCGAUCUUUUCUGUCGACGAACUGGUUUUGCUGGUUCAGUUGGUGGUUGUCAAUGUGGUUAUACUUUGUUCAAUGUAAAAAGAUCAGACGAAUUAUCUGAUUACACAGAUGAACCCUGGUUAAACUGGAUAAACUUUAUUCGAUCAAAAUCCAUUCUGGACAAAUACGGACUGACCAAUGAAGCCAAUCCAGACAAUUACGCUUCACUGAAAACAACGGCCGACUCUCGAGACUAACAGAGCCGGUCAACAACACACUCUACCAACUCUCAUUUAAUCCCAAUUAGUGUGUGUUAACUCAUAUUGAGAUGAAGCCAAGUAAAUUAUUUGAAACAAAAAACAAAAUGUGAAUCCAAAAAUGAAAAGCAAAAUUAGUUGAGUAAAUAAAGAAAAGUAAUAAUUCUAACAUUUUUUCAAUCAACCAUCCAUUAAACUAAUAAGUGUAAACUUGUCCCAUCAUCAUCAUGACCAUCAUCACAAUCAUCGACACAAUCAUUGAUCAUUUCAACCAUUUCAUGUGAAGCAAGAAACUUAAUGUUAAUAAAAAAAGGUAAAAACAAAAUGCAACAAAAAAAAAUUGAAAGAAAAUUUUGGACCCAAAAAGAGAAGCAGAAAAAUCAAUCCAAAGUCCAAAGCUAAUCGAUCAUUCAUCGAAGAACCAUUUACCUGUUAUCAUUAUAUUAUCAUUACUGUUACCAGUAUUAUCAUUAUUAUCAUCAUCAUUAGGAAGGCAACAUAUACAAUGAACAGAGGAAAGGUAAAGAGAGUGAAAACUCGAUAAUAUUGACUUGGAAAAAAAAAAGUUUUCCCAAUAAAUACAAGUUGAACAUUUACCAUGGAAACCAGGGAGAGAAGAAAGUGUUCAAUCAACUUUACCGCAAACAACAACAAUUGUUGCUUGUCAGUGUUAUCAUGAUUCUCAGUCGAUAUCAAAAUUGAAAUAAAGCGCUAAAUUGUUGCCCA